CGAGAGACACUGAAAAGCCAUCGAAGAAGUUUCUCGUGAUCUCAGGGGCUUUGGGGCGGCGGUCAUCUCGAAGAAACCUUGGAACAGCCAAACCCGAGAAAAGCUUAGAUCAAAAAUGGCAAAUAACACGACAGAAGAGGUGGAUGACGGAAUUUACCUCCAGUUACCUCUUGGGUUCACGAUCUUCGAAUUGAGUCUUCAAAUCUUUAUCGGUUUGUUUGGCUCCAUUGGAAAUGCUAUCUCUUGCGCUACCAUAAUCAGAAGGCCAAAAGUGUUCUCUGCCAUGAGCCAGUAUCUUUUAAGCCUGGCGUUCGCAGAUUUAGGUGUCUUGAUGUUUAUUCUGCCCAUAAUCAUCUUGCGAGCUCAAUUUCCUUUCGAAUGGGUCCUCGGGAGGUUUGUUUGUUUGUACGUUACACCCUGCUUAGAAACUUUUUAUGGCGCUUCCGUUUGGUCCAUCACGAUUAUUGCGGUCGAACGCUACGCAAACAUCGCCUGGAAAGAAAUACGAAUUGGAGGAAGAAGGUCAUUGAAGCGAUCUCGGUUCAUCGUUAUCGCUAUAUGGCUGUUUUCCUUCGCUACACGCAGCAUACAGCCUCUCGUCCAUGGAGUGUACAACUCUAGGACGUGCGGCCAUACACUGACUAUGACCUCUCGGCGCAUUAUCGUGACGGUGAAAUUUAUACUGCAUUACCUCCUGCCACUAAGCAUCAUAGCUUUCUGCUACCGAAGAAUCGGCAAAAUGGUGUCCAAGAGAACAAGGAAAUUUCAAGACGAGACCGCAAAGCCUUCAGAUGUGAGAGAAUCGUCGUCUAUGGUAAACUCGAAAGCCAUAUUACAUCAGACCAAGAAAACGCAGCAAAUCCUCAGGCCGUUGGUGGUACUGUUCGCUUUGACCAUGCUACCUUUAAAUGUGUUCGACCUCGUAGCAGUGUACUGGCAAGAUUUAAUUUAUGUGAGCUUCUACAAAAUUCUCAUCUUGAUCGUGGCUAUAUCGACAUUCACAAACUCUGCGGCAGAUCCUUUGGUAUACUGUGCUGUCAGCAGAGAGUUUCGAACAGAGGUGAAGUCAUUGCUACCCCACUGUUUCCAAACACACCUCAAGAAGAGGAAGCAAAGCAAUUCUACUUCCCUCGCUAAGACAACAAGAUCAAAGGAAACUCAAUUGACGAGGGUUUCAACUCGUCUUGACACACAAUUUUGAGCGAAGGAAAAACGAAGACUGAAUAGGACGUAAGAACAAAAAGAUCCGUACUUAAAGCCUUAAACUUAAACUUAUGAUCCUAUAAUAUGUAUAACAGUCAGACAUUGUUCCUUUUGCAUUUGAGUCUCAGUGGAAAAGAUGUUAAAAAUAGAAACUCGCUGGAAAAUUUUAAAAACUAAAUAACAUAGCAAACAAAAAUUAAUCUGCAGAAAUAGUUAACACUCCUGUUACUGAGCAAUUUUGACUUUCCUCAUUCAUUUAAAAAAAGAAUUUACUUAGAAUGACAUAUUGUAUUACUGGCUGAAUACGAAAAGCUUUACACUGAUCAUAUUUCGUCAGUGCUCAGUUCAUAUUAAACGAAUGCACUCUGUAUAUCGUUAAACAAUCGUUUAAUUAGUUCGUCUCCUCUGCAAUUAGUAUUGUUGUCGGUUCCUGAGUAAAGUUCAUAAUCAAAAAGCUUCCUGUUGGACUUAAAAAAGAUGAAAUUGAGACUAAUAAAACAUUGGGAAGCUGUUAUCUCAUUAGAAGCAAUUUUUUUCUCAAGAUGUAGUUUUUUUUUUAGAGGUUUGCAGCUGGCCCAUCGGAAUAUCACCUUCGUGUGUAUUUGCGGGUUAGAUAAAUACCUCUUGUGUAAAAUUACAUAACAUUUGGCUACGAAAUAUUGCGAUACAUUAGUGCAUUGGAUCACGCUGAAUAAACUUAUACAUUAAACACAAA